AUUUCAACCAACCUCCUUGGUUCAGUCAUAUAAGCAUAUAGCCCACUGACGAUCGUACUAUUGAAUGAAAUCAUUUGUGUGAAUUGACAACUUCCAUCGCCAUCCUGAGCGUCGAUUACCGUCACGUGAGAUCGCGAUAAAGCCGUGUCGGCUGCCGUCGCGCCUCAACACGUCCCGAGGGGUCUAACAUCAUCUGUCGACCUCGCAAUCAUAGACUUAUAUGGUGGUCGUUGCUCAAUGACAUAUUGGAGCCGGGAAUCUACAAGGACAUAAAAUUUGCUAUGCCCGCUGUUGGCGACCAGCACCGGGGCGGCCCAGCGUCCAUCACGAUGCCCAAUUCAAGCGGGGGUCUCUCCGCCAACCCAUUCGAAGAACCACAACGUCGCAUCAGCGAAUACACCGCACAGGAGAUCGCGACAUUGCAAGCACGUCUCGAUAAGAAAUUAGGGCCCGAAUACAUCUCAUCUAGACCGGGUGCUUCGGGACAGCGCGUACACUAUCUAUCGGCUGAUAAGUGUAUCAACCUUGCAAACGAGGUGUUUGGCUUCAACGGGUGGUCGAGCUCGAUCCAGAACAUUCAGAUUGACUUUGUCGAAGAAAGUCAGCAUACCGGCAAAAUCAGCCUUGGUCUGUCUGUGAUAGUCAGGGUUACUUUGAGAGAUGGCACAUAUCACGAGGACAUUGGGUACGGCCACAUUGAGAACUGCAAGGGAAAGGCAGCUGCGUUCGAGAAGGCAAAGAAAGAAGGAACCACAGAUGCGCUGAAGCGUGCAUUACGAAACUUUGGCAAUGUGCUGGGCAACUGUAUCUACGACAAGGACUAUGUUUCGAAAGUCACCAAAGUGAAAGCUGCCCCCGCACGAUGGGACGUGGAUGAGCUGCAUCGCCACCCGGACUUUGUUCCAGUCAAGAAAGAACCCGCAAAUCUCAAACCAUUACCAGAGGACGAUGAUCUGCCGCCGCGUCCAGCGAGCAUCGCACAACGGCCCAACUUCGACGAUUCAAUGGCUUUUGACGGCGACGGAGAGUUUGGAAGUGAUCUUUUCGACGAAGCUGAUUUCGGAGUCGGUGCAACGGGCAACCCAGACGAGGUGGUCCUAGGGCCCGAAUCACAGCGGCCACAGCAACCGCCUACACCGCUUAACAAUCAUCAACGACCUUACGCUAAUAACAAUAACUACCGGGGACCGGCCAGACCUCACUCGGCUCUGGUAACGCCUUCCAAGCCACCAGCCCCUAAACAAUACCCUACUCCACAGCCGUUCAAUGGACACCCCAAUGCCCCCGCAGCUGGCGAUCAACAGAGGCCCGCGCCUACUCCGGGCCCCCGGCCAAACUUCCAGAAUGGAAGAAUGAUCCCACCUCCAAAUGUGCCCGCAGCCGCAGCCCCGGUAGCAACAGCAGCCGGGACUAACUAUCAGAUGUCUAUUCCCAUCAAACGUGAAGCCGGCGCGACAGGUACAACCGACUCCCUCCCACCGGGGACCCCGUCCGCCUCAUUCUUCUCCGCGCGCGCCGUCGAUCUCCUCCGAGACAAUCCUCAUGGCGGAAUUCCCGCCGCGGCGCCGGUAUUCGACCCGCAUGCCGAAAGUCCUUCCAUCCGCAAAACCGCCGGCUUCGAUCACAGCACCAGCAAGCCCAUCUCCAAACCCAUGCUAUCCGGGGGAGACAACGCAUCGCCAGCUGCUGGCAGCACCGCCGUGCGUGACUUCAUCAACCCCUCGCAGGACUUGCACCGGAAGAUCGGCGCCCCCGGGGGCAAUAAUGUCGGCAGUCCCAUGAUGAACAGGGGUCCAUCCACCUCAUCCUACAGGCCUUUGACCCGUCCAAGCAUUGAUCCUCGGAAUGCAGCGGCCACGGCUACUGCUGCGCCAAACCGUCCAGGGCCGCCCGGCGGAGGCAGCGGCGGUCCUCUUCCGGCUCAGAAUGUCAACGGUAAACGGCCUCCCUUGUCGGAUAUGACGAAUGCUCAGGCUUCAAGCGGCAGUGGGACUGCUCCAGUACCGGGGCCCGUGGAUCCGAAGCGACCAAGGAUGAACCAGAGUGGGGUGCCUCAAAUACCACCUCAGCAGCAACCGCCACCUCAGCCCCAGCCCCAGAAGCAGUAGAAGUGGCCAUGUUAUUUAUAUACUCUAUGGAUCGAAAGAAGUUUCCUCAUAUUCAUAUUUCAUCUUCGGACUAAGGGUCUUCAUGGGGUCUGUUGGCGUUACAGGGACUAGGUAUGGGAACGAAAAUGAAAUGACUGGUUCGAUCAAUAAGAUCUGCUCGCUGGACGAUUGAAUUGAUAUUGGACCUACAAAC